GAGACAAAGUCUCUUACUAUAAUGGUUAGUGUAGUCUGUUCACUUGACGGGAUCUAGAAUCACCUAGAAAACAGCCUCUGGCACACAUCUUGAUUAAGUUGAGGUGGAAAGACCUACCCUGGAAGCAGGCUUCAACAGUUCCGUGGCCUUGGGUCCUGAGCUGCACAAAAGGCGGAAGGAAAGAAGGAAGAAAGGAAGGAAGGAAAGAAGGAAGGAAGGAGCAGGAACCCUGGGUCCUCUGCUUUCUAGCUACAGAUUCAAUGUGAGCAGAGGCCUCAAGCUCCAGCUGUCAAGACCACAGUGGACCCAGCUGUCCCAGCUCCUGCUCCCGCCUGUCACCUGUCGUCUGUCGCUCUGGAGAUGGCUUUGCUUCUCCUCCUCAUUGGAGGCUUCUGGGCCCAGGUGGUGAGCUCAGUAAGUCUGCAGAACACAACGAUGUUGGCAUCUACCCCACAUAUCAAGACCCCAAGUACCUCUGAAGCCUUGAGUGUCGUCAACUCAUCAACCUCUAUGGGGCCAGUGACAGUGGGCACUAAUGAGACCAUCACUAUGGGGCCAGUGACAGUGGGCACUAAUGAGACCAUCACUAUGGGGCCAGUGACAGUGGACACUAAGGAGAUCAUCAGCCCCUGGAGUCAGACCCCAACCCCAGCUCCUUCGAUCCCCUUGGGAACUAUUGAAUUGCCUUUUUGGGGGACUUCUGCUGGUACCAGCAUGACCACCCCUGUACCUGAGUCUACAACCUCUCAGCAAGUUUCCAGCAAGACCUCGGUACUGGUUCCAGGACAACCAGAUGUAGCCAAUGACCCUCCUGUCACUGCAACCAAUCCUGUGACAGACAGAACUGUGGCAUCUAUCGCUCUAGAAACCAUUAAAGGGCCCAGUGCACCCCCAGUCACUGUGACAACAAGCUCUGCAGAGACCAGUGGACCCUCUGUGGCUACAACAGUAAGCUCCAAGACCAGUGGUCCCCCUGUCACCAUGGCUACUGGGUCUCUGGAGCCCUCUAAUGAGAUGCAUGGACUCCCUGCCACCAAAGCAGCCAGUUCUGUGGAGAGUUCCAGUGUGGCCCGUGGCACCACCAUCUCCAGCAUAAAAACAUCCACGAUGUCUACUCCAGAUCCCAUAACCACUAGAUCGCCAUGGCAAGGAUCAAGUGGCAUGUUGCUAGUGCCCAUGCUCAUUGCCUUGAUGGUGGUUUUGGCCCUCGUGGCUCUACUGCUGUUAUGGCGCCAGAGGCAGAAGCGCAGGACUGGGGCCCUGACCCUGAGCAGGGGUGGAAAACGAAAUGGGGUGAUGGAUGCCUGGGCCGGGCCAGCCCAGGUUCCUGAUGAAGAAGCCACAACCACGUCAGGGUCAGGGGGCAACAAGGGCUCUGGGGUGCUGGAGACAGAGGCCUCCAGACAGCGGCCCACGCUCACCACUUUCUUCAGCAGACGGAAGUCUCGCCAGGGCUCUUUAGUACUAGAAGAGCUGAAGCCUGAGUCAGGUCCCAACCUGAAAGGGGAGGAAGAGCCACUUAUGGGCAGUGAGUCUGAAGCUGUGGAAACCCCAACUUCUGACGGGCCACAAGCCAAAGAUGGGGCUGCACCUCAAUCUCUAUGAGCAACAGGCGUUCGUCCAACCUGCUCCUUAACCCUGGAUCCUGCUGUCAGCUGCCUCACACUCCGCAUUUGUGAAUAUUUGUGGACUAAAUUCAUUCAUCAUUCAUUCAUUCUUCAUCCAUUCAUUUCCUCUCCGCCUCCCACACGCCCAUCUCUCACCUCCCCUUCCUCUGUGCUGUGCUCCCUUUGCAACCAGUUGCUGAAUCUCCAUGGGGAUACUCUUAGCUGACCCACAUUUUCCCGAAGGAUCCCCCUUGGAAUGCUGGGAUCUGACAAGAAGAAUGAAAUGAGGAACCAGAAAACUCCCCUGAAUGGGGCUGUGGAGUACAUGCACACAUGCCCUCCCCAGCAGGGCCCCUUCAGGACUGCCUCUCAAUUACCGUGGGCCAGCUUAGAGCCUGGAUAGGGCUAUCCAGCUUGCUCUUGGAUGAACUGUGACCUGUGACUUUUCCCAGAGCACUCUGAUUUGGGGCUGGCUGGUAGCUGCUGCGGGGAGCCUGCCAGAGAUUGUCACUUCUCCUUGGGGUAGGGAUGAGGAGAGUUUCUGGCUCUAUGUAGUCCCCACAUCUGCUGUGUCUACUCGGAAGUAUGGUUUGUGUGCAAGGUAGGAUAAUUUAGGUGAUGGCUGCAAACAGUACUGGUGAAUACAGACCAUGGGAGAGAGCAGGGCAGGGCUGGUGAGUUCCGAAGGGAGAACGCAGGAGCUACUGAGUGCUCAGAUCCCUUCACAGUGCUCAGUCAGGGUACGGCUGGAAAUCUGGAAGUCUGUCUGUAGCCUCCAGAAGAAUGCUCAGGGGAUGGGGACUAAAUGUGCCAUCAAGUAUAAGUUCUUCAGCUAAGCUGCCAGAUCCCCUCAAAGGCUGCCUCAUGCCAGCACACACCCACACCUCACACACACCCACACCUCACACACACCCACACCUCACACACACCCACACCUCACACACACCCACACCUCACACACACCCAUACCUCUUACACACCAGCAGGCACACAUGCAAGACAGGGAGAAGAGUCAGCCCAGUGCAGGGACUGGCUUUGAUGCUUCCCCUACAGGCUCAGUUUGUCUGUUUCCUCUUCCAUUCCAAGGCUUAAAUCCUUCCCUUGUCUCAGGGGAAUAAGAGAGAGUUAAAUGAAAGACAGUCCCAGGGGGUGGGACACGGAUGCCAGAGAGUCCCUAAGGGUCUGAGGUAGAGAGAGGGGACAGGCCACAGUUGUGCUGCUUCUGACACUCCGGCCUGAUACCAGCCCGGCACGUGGUCCAAAGGCAGUUGCUGGAGGAGAUGUGUAAGAGGAAGUUGUUGAGUCAGAGGGCCCUGUCCUUGAGAACAGUCUGACCUACAAAAGAGACUCGCGGUUGUGUGUGGUCUGGAUGGGAAAGGGGAAGGUGGAAGGGAGGGGACAAGAAAUGGAAAAGGACAUAGAUCAGCCGUCACCACAUCAAGCCAUCACCGUCCCCUCCCUGAGUGUGUGGAAAAGAGGAAGGACUGAGAUGGGCACACCUGGGCCACACUGACCCUAUCUCUACUGCUCACUAGGUGCUGUGUAGACCAGCCACAACAGACAUGGCUCAAGUGAGCUGCGAUGUCCCUUAAGGAACGCAGCAACUGUUGUGGCUGAUUUUUGACAAACCAAGUGUCCCGAUUUCAGGCUUAGAAAAGAAUGUCACCAAGCUGAGAGGUCAAUGGCUCAGCACAUCUUGUUCCACUGUCACUUCUGAGGUGUUUCAGGUUUUCAGGUGCAGGAAGGAAGACAAGGAAAUGAGGUAGAGAUGGUGGAUAGCACCCAACAGGACCUUAGCCCAGACAGGGUCAAAUGUUCUGGGUGCUAAGUGGAAUGACAGACAAAAAUGUCACAAGAGGACCCAAACUAGGGAGUGGUUGGUAUUCUACCUCUGAAGGAAGACCAGGAAGCUUGAUGUUUGUCCCAGGGUCUUGGCCACAUGUCUCUUCCUAGUGGCUCCAGUGCCUGCAGGCAGUGGGUACUCAGUGCAUGCUUCCAUGAAUGAAUGAAUGAAUGAAUGAAUGAGGUGUUGGCAGCAAGAGGAAGGCGUUUAACACAAAGACGAGUAUCACAAAAGUAUACAAGUGAGUGGAGCAGGGACCAUGGUGGGCACAGACAGGUGUCCUUCAGCUCAGGAGAGAGAAAGCCCAGUAAGCAGUAGAUACGGGAAAAGCAAAAAUAGAAGAAAAAAAAGCAGGCCAACAGAAACAGGGAAAUGUAAAACACGGUGACAGUUUUAACUCCAUCAGUUAUGAAACUAUAGUAAGUGGCUUGUGUUUGUGGCAUCCUGGCCUUGAUUUCAGAAAUGUGUAAUGACCUCAGAAAUGCCUGCAGCUGCCACGGGGUAGGAAAAAGUAAAUGAUGUGUAAAUACAUAUAUAUCAUCUCAUUUGUAAUAGAAGCUAAAGUCUGAAUGUUUAGUGUGGUCCUCCUGAAGGUGGGGAACCUAAGUGUGAUUUUUCACCUUACUUUUCUGUGUUUUACACAAUAAAUGUCUUUACUUUUACA